UGUGCUUCGGAGAAAGCUAUUUUAUAAUCUUUUAUGCAUUUUUUGGCCCGGUUUAAUGUGUUCAUGUCUUCGUUAUCUUCGUCACAAAAAGUUAUUAAUUUAAGAGGGACGUAUAUAUGCUGUUUAUAUUAUGUUAUAUUAAGAAAACCAUAUUAUUUAUAAUAAAUGUCUUGCGAGAAACUUAUUACAAAAGUAAAUACUCAAUCACAGAAUAAGUAACAAGGCUUAUUCUAUGAUGGGACUGAAUUUAGAUUGAUUUAACUUAAUGUAAUGUACGUGUACAGCAAUAUGGGCUUCUGGCGGGCCACAGACGUCUUUAUAAAUUAUGAGUCAUUUUCCUUCAAGGACAUGUUUCAUGUCAUUGACUCUUCAUUGAAUUAAGUCGUUGACCCUUUAUUUAGCCCUGAAUUUUUUUGUCUCUACUUCCGUUUCUAUAGCAACGGAAGUUGACAAGCUAUAUUUGAAAGGAAGGUUUUUGUGACACUAGCUGUGAAAAGCUGCCAAAAUGCCAGAGUUAGUGGAGCAGAUGUACUGCUCGCAACAGAUUGUGAUACCACCGAAAUUCCCUUAUAUAUUGAAACGGUAUUGUAAAGCGGCUAUAAAAACCCAGCCCUACGACCUACUCCGCUGGUCUUUUGAGUACUUCAAGGCACUGGCUCACAAACGGCCACCUCCUGUAAAAUUGAGACUGGAGUAUCCGGUCUACAGCACUGAGGGCGGGUUAACUAGAGGCUGUUUGAAGGUGCUGGCUAAUCAGCUGGCGGGAAUGCAGAUGGUGCCGCUAGACAUAUGCAAGGCGGCGUGGCGAGGGUUCUGCCUGGACCCUGAGGAGCUGCGCAGGAUCUUUUGUCUGUGCGAGGUCUACAAGAGGGCGGAGUACGUCUCCUUCUUGCAGUUCAUUGCUGUUGCUGGAGGGAUGCUCACUAAGAGCCUGACCCACACAAUGAUCCUGCUCUGCGAGACGCUAACCAAGGAGCCUGAUGGAGGCUCGGCCGCCAUCCCGGUGCACGACUUCCUCAUCAUGUACCGCUUCCUGGCCAGGAUGGACGCCUCCGCCGAUAUGAAGUACGUCAACGGAUUCAGGGAAGGUUGGAAGUUACCAGUCAGUGAGGAAAUAGAAGAAGAAGAGAUUUUAAAGAUGGAUGAAAUUACAGAUGUCGAACGGCUGAAGCAACUAAGCGUCGCAAAGUUUGGCAGUUCUGAUGUCCAUGUUGCACAGGAAGGAAUGGUGGCCGGGCGGCAGAUGUCGAUAACGAGUGGAGAGUUCAUAGUGGCGCAUAUUGAGAAGGAGAUUUUGGAGUACAUUGAUGACCAGAUUGCCAUUUUACCGGACCCGGAUCUUAAGAAGAAAAAGGCGAAACCUGAAGAAGUAGCGAUGAUUCGGGAGCUGUUGGAGACAUUCCUGGAUGAGAAUAUGGACAUCAUUGUUCCUGAACUGGAGGAGGUGGAGGAAGAAGAGGAACCGAUACCUGAUAUAACGGUGAUCUACGCGGUGCCGGGCAUUGGGGGUCCGGUAGACGAGGAAACGAUACGAGUGUUCGAGGAGUAUGCGCAAGAGGCCUGCAAGGUGCAGGCUGACGUGUUCAUGCCGAGGAACAUACGCCACUUCAUGUGCCCGCCGCUGGAGAAGUACGAAGAAUAUGUUUACGAAGACUUGGGGCCCAAAACCAAGAAGGAGAGUUUGCAGCAGAGAGAAGAAGUGCCGGUUGUAGGGAAGAUGACAGAUUAAAACGGCAUCCAGCCUCCGCGGCAUGGUACACGCUAUCGAUAUAGACGCGAUAUAAUUAUUCAUUGUGAGGUUAAAACAAUCGACGAUUCAUGUUUACCUAAGUAGACAGCAUAAUCUGUUUGUUAGUUGCAAAUUCGCGAUACUUGUCGCAUCUACCUCGAUAGCGUGCACCCGGGAUAGAUGAAUAAAAGCGAUAUCCACAUUCCUAGUCACUCUUAGAUAGAAGUGCACUAAGCACGGUUUAAAAACUUUAUAAAUUAUAUUUAUUUAUUCAGAAAUAAAUUAAUAUUCUAUUUAA